AUGAUUUAUAACAAUGUUUUAAUCCUUGUCAUACGAUUUUCAUAUAGCAGGGAACCUACUUUAGUGGAUUUUACUUAUGAUUUGAAUUACAAAUAG